AUGUCAGUUCUACCUCACAAUCUAGCUUUGUUUAAAUUGAUUGGUCUAUGGAGACCAGUCGACUGGUCUUCAGGAUGGAAGUACUUGUGUUACAAUGUUUAUUCAUUGAUUGUGGUCAUUACUAUAUUCUCUAGUGUUUUUACCGAAAUUGUUAAACUCAUUAGCUCUUACGAAAACUUAGACACGUUUCUAACUUCUGCUACGGUGUUGAUAACAAUGGCUGCAGACUGUGUGAAGAUUACAAACAUGCUGAGCAAACGAGAAAAUAUUUUAAAAAUGAUUCAAACCCUUAUCAAUAAUCCUUGUUUACCACGGAACUCGGAAGAGAAAUUGAUCCAAAACAAGUAUGAUCGAAUCAUCAGAUUCAGAUCUUUGGCCAACAUCACACUAAUCGCAGCAACUGUGUUAUAUUUUACCAUCGAAUCAUUAUUUCGUGAUAUUCCUCAACAAAAAUUACCAUACAACGCUUGGUACCCAAUGAGUUUGUCCAUUUAUGCCAACUAUUUAUUGGCAUGGAUCCAUCAGAAUCUAGCUCACAUAUAUGGAGCACUAAUUACUGCUGAUUAUGAUACUUUUGUUCCGGCAUUUAUGCUACAGAGCUGUGCUAAAUUUGACAUCUUGAGCUAUCGCCUCAGUAAUAUAUGCUGUAAAAUUCAAAAUAAUCUUGAACAACCUGGAUGUAAUAACAAAAAAGAGUUUUGCAAAUACACCAACGAUACUUUCAGUUCUGUUAUAUUACUCCAAUUUUCAGUAAGCACUGGAGUUAUCUGUGUGACAGUUUAUUCUUUAUCUCAGACUGCAGUCAGCGAUCCUUUUUUCCCAAUGUUGAUUUCUUAUCUAGCAUGCAUGCUAGUGCAGCUUUUUCUUUAUUGCUAUGCUGGUACCGAAGUCACUCUUAAGAGUGCUGAUGUGGCUGAAGCUAUUUACUGUAACGUAGAUUGGUGGCUUACAAGUAUUGCUGUACAGAAAAAAUUAUUGUUCAUGAUGCUACGCAGCACCAAACUAGUGACAUAUACUUGUGGAAAAAUAUUUGAUCUAUCUAUCGAGUCAUACAAAAAUGUAAAUUAUAAUUUAUAA